UUCAUCUUCUUCCUCUUAAACCAAAAGCUCAAAAACUCUCUUUCUUUUCACUGCCAACUUCUUCUUCAUCAUCAUCAAAAGAAAAAAAAAAUCAUGACAAAGGACGUAAUUGAAGAAGGACAAGGUCAUCACCAUGGAAAAGACUAUGUUGACCCUCCUCCAGCUCCCCUUUUUGACAUGGCUGAGCUCACUAAAUGGUCAUUUUACAGAGCCCUUAUAGCUGAAUUCAUUGCCACCCUUCUCUUCCUCUAUGUUACCGUCGCCACCGUUAUCGGACACAAGAAACUCAACGCUGUCGACCAAUGUGAUGGUGUUGGCAUUCUUGGAAUUGCUUGGGCUUUUGGUGGCAUGAUCUUUGUACUUGUUUACUGCACUGCCGGCAUUUCUGGUGGUCAUAUUAACCCGGCGGUGACUUUUGGGUUGUUCUUGGCAAGGAAAGUGUCAUUGAUAAGAGCAGUUGGUUAUAUUAUUGCACAGUCACUUGGUGCUAUUUGUGGUGUUGGUUUCGUGAAGGCGUUUAUGAAGCAUUACUACAACAUAGAAGGUGGUGGUGCUAACUUUGUGCAACCUGGUUACAACAAAGGCACUGCUUUGGGUGCUGAGAUUAUUGGAACUUUUGUUCUUGUUUACACUGUCUUCUCUGCUACUGAUCCAAAGAGAAGCGCUCGCGAUUCCCACGUCCCUGUUUUGGCUCCUCUGCCAAUUGGAUUUGCUGUUUUCAUGGUUCAUUUGGCCACUAUUCCCAUUACUGGAACUGGUAUCAACCCAGCUAGGAGUUUUGGAGCUGCUGUCAUUUACAACAAGGACAAAAUCUGGGAUGACCAAUGGAUAUUCUGGGUUGGACCAAUGGUGGGAGCGAUGAUAGCAGCGAUAUACCAUCAGUUUGUAUUGAGAGCUGGAGCUGUUAAAGCUUUGGGAUCUUUCCGCAGCAACCAAACCAACUAAGCAAGUUUCAUUACCAACCAACCACCCCUCAUAACCAGAGAAGAGAAGAAGAUAAUUUCAUUCACAAGUUCAAAUUUUUCUUGUUUAAUUGUUUGAUUUGUGUAUGAGGAUUAGCUAAACAAUUAAUGUAUGAACCUUUUUUUUUUCUUCUUUCCUUUUGUUCGUUUGGUACAGUUUCAUCUUUAAUGUUAUCCUUGGAGAUGUGUAUUUA